AUGUGCGGACCCGAGUACAAUGGCGACAAAAAAAUCACGCUCACUUGUCAAGGACGAGACCCCUGGAUGGACCAUGGCCGUGUUCCCUCUUCUAUUUCCAUUCGCUCGGCUUCCUGCUCAGAACAAAUUGCCAGGUGGCGUGUGCGUGGCGUCUGGCUUCAGGUGAGCUUGGCCUUUCUUGUCCAGAAAUCGCAAGGCUGCGUCGUGCGGCGCGCGGGCGCCCACGGCAUCUGGCCCUCCUUGUCGCACAACAUAUCGGGUACCUUGGCUAUAUGUUACACUUUGCUAAGCUGGCUGAGCUGCAGCCAGAGAGUCAUUUCAGUAGUCAACAGGGCUUCCCCGCCUGGGCUGAUUGUUCUGUAG